GAUCCCAACCGCCGUAAAACCGACGAAGAAGAAGAAGGAUCAGUUCCCGGAAAUACAUUCAAGCACAUGUCCUAAAACAACCUUGAGAAGACUACAAAACAGCAAGUUGUCAGCGUACGCGACACAGCAAACCGAAGCAGGGAUGCCAGUAACGAGAUUACUGUAUCCCCUCUACCAGCUGGGGAACCCACAGCUGAGAAUCUUCAGGCCCAACUGGUUCUUGACGCUGGUGAGGCCCGGAAAAGAGCAACCUCCUGACACGGUGCAGUUCCGCAUCCCGAUGGAGAUGACAAAGAAUGAUGUAAAAAACUACCUGGAGAAGAUCUAUAAUGUCCCAGUGGGAGCGGUCCGCACCAGGAUACAAUUUGGUUCCAACAAGAAGAGGAAUCACCUUAACCAGAGAGUUAAGCAGCCUGACUAUAAAGUAGCGUAUGUUCAACUGGCUGAAGACCAGACGUUCGCCUUCCCUGAUAUCUUCCCGGAAAAGACCAGCACCCCGGCACAGGGCUCCAUGGAGGAAAUGCAGGAGAAGUUCAUGGAGGACGAGCGUCAGAGGCAGAAACCUGACCCCAGGAGAGGAGGGGUCACGGAGUGGUUCGGACUCUGAGGCGGCGGCGGUGGCGGCGGCGGCCCACGACUGGGAACCAUUUAUGCCUGUACACGUGUGAGUGUUUCGUUAGGUGUUUCAAGUAUUCAAGAAGGAAUUGUCGGGAUGUCGUUUCUGUUUCAGCAUUCAAAGCUUCCAAGAGAAUGACUUGAAUUCCCAUCUUUCCUCAAAUCAACCAACUCAUGAACCUCAGUUUGCUCACAUGACCUCCUUUUUCGUUGACUUUGUUCUUUGCCAUCUUGUCUUGGAUCUCCUCUUUUCUUUUCUCCGUUCAUGACUUUUACUCAUUCAUGGUGGAUCUUCUGGAGUUGAACACAAUCUAUCAAAUAAGGCAUCAAAGUGUUAUGAAGUGCCCUUCAUAAUAAACCCUUGAUGACACUGAGUCACAUGUGACAUUCUUAUGUAAUCAUCCAACAUUGAAACCUUGGUUAAUGUCCGCCCCGGUUAGCAUUUUUUGUGGUUGAUGUCCAAAUUUUUGGAUAAAAUUUGGCCAUGAAUUGCUUUUGUUUGGCGUCCAAAAAUAUCUUGGAUCACACACCAAAGACAAAAUCUUGUGUGACUUGCACAUGUUGGUGCAGUGCAUUGUGGGCCGCAUGCACCAUUUUAGAGCGACAUUGUUUGUUUCUAUCAGAUUUGUUAUGCUAGAGCUAGAGACACAUGCGAUGGACUGACGUCUGAAUUUUACGACUCCGUCAUUGUCUGCGGUGCCCACACAUACAGUAGAUGCGUACACAAAUCCGGUUGUUACAUUGAUUGUAACACUCAUUUUACAUCCGUAACACUCUUUUCUAGUUACAACAACAAAACGUAGACAUUCAAACUAACUGUAGCAUAGCGUUAUAGCAUUGGCGGCGUGCACAGACGUCACCAAACACCUCAAAAGGCAUCCUACUGGCGGUGGGGGGUGUUGUUCGGUUGUUGUUUUUCUUGUUCUCUAUUAAGAAGGCAAGCUACAUGUUUUUUUUAGCUUUGAUAUUUAGUUUGAUAUAUUUCUGCAAAUUGUGGUUGUAGCAGAAUAAUGUGUCUAUUUUGUGUUAUUUUGUUUAUUGAUUGUCAGCAAAACUAAGUAAAAGUGAAGUUAAAUGUUCA